AUGUCUCAACGCCAUAAUCACCCGUUGCCUCCGCCUUCAGAGGGUCUAUUGACCCAGCCAAUCAUCUCCAGUCCCGCCAUUAAUUGUAUCCUUCCAGCGCGCCUUAGAAGUCAGUACCACAACGAUGUUGUCUUCGUUGGAGAACGACGGAUCCAGAUCAAGGAGGCCCAUCCUAGUGGUCACCUUGAAGAUGUUGUUGAAAAUACAGACUUUGAUGGCUCGCCUCUUGGGGCAAAGAUUAUCAAUGUCAAUACUCACUUGCCUUGGCAAACUCAAGUACCUUCAUCAAAAAGUUCCGAUCAUAUCCAGGAUACUCAAGAUAUUCCCCCUCAUAUUCUUUUCAUGGCCACUGAUUCACAUGAACUGCUUUUCAUGUACUACUUGAUGAAGGGGUAUGGCCGAUUCGUAUCCUAUCGCCGACCGUUACCACGCGACGUCAAUCUGUCUGAGAAGUAUGGCAGACAUAUUGCAGUUGAUCCAAAGUCGCGCGCGGUUGCAGUCAGUGCGUCGCGUAAUUUCUUCGCUAUAUAUUGGCUGGAAACACCCAGUGAACUUCAGCAGCAGAUGGCACUUGGGAAUCUCAACCCAAUCAAGAGCGAAAAAUACCUGCAAGUGGACGGCGAUAUUCUUUUCAUGGAAUUUCUUUACCCCAAAACCAUUAAUGACAAACGGACCCUUUUGCUUCUCAUUGUCCAUAAGAAUGAAGCAACACAGGCUAUGGUUUUUGAAUGGGAGGAACCCAACAUGCACAGCCACCUCGAACCCAAUGUGACCACCACCCAUCUUCAUUCACAAGACUACCUGCCCAGCAUGAUCAUUCCUCUAGCCAAGGAGUCUUCAUACCUUCUCAUAACCACACGAUCAAUGGCAAUGUACACCCCCAACAGCUCGUCUCGUCCUAUGAGAUAUCCCCCAAUAAUUCCUGAUACUAGAGCUCAUCAAGUCGGGAUUUGGACUCGUUGGGCAAGGCCUUCACGUAACUGGCUAUACAGCCAGAGAUACGAUGGAAUAUUUCUCUCUCAAGAAGAUGGCUGGAUUUAUUAUCUUGAGUUUGGCAGUGAUGGUGAACUCGAAACCCAGACCUCUUUAGGCCAACUUGACUGUGAUAUCGACACGGCUUUUGAUAUUCUCGACAUGGGCUAUGAGGGCGGUGAUUUUAUUUUGGCUGCUGGAAGUCAGGGCAAUGGUGGUCUGUUUAUCCAGGAGGCACGGAACCACCCGAUAUGUGUCCAGCGAUUCAUCAAUUGGGCACCUGUUACAGAUGCAGCUGUGGUGCCCUCCGAUACUCAAAGUAUUGCCAGAGGCGGUCCAUCCCGCGAUAGACUUUUUGUCUGUUCGACCUCUGCUUCAGGUAAGGGGGCUAUCAAUGAGCUCCGAUAUGGCAUCGAGGCUCGGAUCGGUGUUCAUGUUUCCCUCGAGCGCGGGUACCCUGCACAUGAUCUGUGGGCGAUGACAGCUCAUCCCGCGAGUGCGAUCUACCUGAUGAUUUCUGAUCCAAUCUCCUCUCUGCUCCUUCAAACGACACCCGAAAUGGCAGAUGGAUUCCAUUCUUUCCAAAAUGAAGAUGGUUGGGGUCUUGAAGAAACCCUAGCAAUGGGGUGUACAUGUUUUGGUGCUAUGGUGCAGGUCACAAAGAACGCCAUUCACGUUUUUGUACCUGGGAAGCCUACCAUGACUCAUGCUAUCAAGCAUGACCCCGACUCUCAUGUCACAGCCGCUGCUGUUGAUGGACCCAACCUCAUCAUGGCAGUAGCUACAAGGAAUAGCAAGGGAAACUUUAUUCACGUUAUCCGGAUCAUAAAGGACGAGGACGAGGAAAACGGUUUGAUUUCUUUGAUUAGUGAUUCCCCAUGCCAAAUAGAGAAAGAGCCUAUAUGUAUCUUUCUCCAAAACUGGGGCACUUCCGAGCUCAUUUUUCUUGGAACUGGCGACGGCACAGUGCUGUCAUUCGAGGUCUCUGCCUCUGUAAAGGAGAUCAAGCAACAUGUUGAAACGCAGAUCGCAUUCGAAAUCGGCCAUGACCUGUCGAAUGCAAUUUCAAGCAUCACUGCGAUCCGGGCUUUAUCUGCCAAUGGGGUGUGUGCGCUUCUAUUCUGCGGCAUGCGCAGUGGCAUCCUUGUCCCAUUUGACAUGGUUAUUAAUGCGGACGGUUUUGGGGGUCUGAGACAAAGAUCACCAGAGCAUAUUGGGCAGACACCAAUCAAGCUCCAGACUCAAGGAGAAAUUGCCUUGUUCACUUGUAAGGAUGAUUUCUGGCGUAUCUCAUUUUCACCAGACAUCAAAGGCCCCGGCUAUGUCCUGUCUCGUGUUUGGAUCACUGACCAAAACCACCCUGCAUAUUUCCCUUCAAGAAUCUCAAGCUUUUCCCUUCUCAACUCAAAUGGCCUUCAUUCUGGAGUCGCGGAUGCCUCCCUGUUUGUCUAUGCGGACGGUGAACUUCUGGUGUGCUCCCUUGACACAGAGGACAAGCCUGUUUCUCGGCGCAUCGACAUCCCAGGAAACCCCAACAAAUUGGUCUACUCUGAACACCUUCGGAGCCUCGUUGUCUCCUAUAGCCACGCUGAAAAUGAGAACCAACAGACACCUCUCGAUAUCACCAGAAGGUCAUACCUUGAGUUCGUGGAUCCGGAUUCCCAGAAACCCGUGGCUCUGUAUAACGAGCGAAGAUCUAUUCAGGGUCUGAACCCAUGGAGGCCAAGUGGAAGUCCUGGAGAGAAAAUAACCUGCAUAUUUGACUGGAUGCCUGAAAAGGAUGGCAAUGCAUAUCAUCUCAUUGCAAUUGGGACUUCUAUCCCGACACCUCAUGACCCCAGAGAACGCAAAGGUCGCAUUGUGCUACUGCAGGCAUCUAGGGAGACCAACUCCCCUGAAAGGAUCAUCUGCGUAGAGAAGCAUAUGCGGGUGUGCCCCAGGCCAGUUCAUGCAAUGACAGCUUUUGCUGAUAGCCUGAUCGUUGCGUCUGGGAAGACAUUCUUACCAAUUGCCUCGAAAAACUCGCAAGUUGGAUGGUUGCAUACCAUCACAGGUACCCUUCCGUCUCCAGCCGUUACAAUGACAGUGCAUAAAAAUCUCAUUUAUGUCACCACCACGAGACAUUCUCUAUUGACCUACAAAAUUGAAGGCGGAGACAUCCUGCCUGUUGAAUCAGACACAUCCGCACGUGAUGGUCUGUCUCACUCUUUUGUUACCAGGUCCGACGGCCAACCAAAUCUCACUUUCCUAAGCACUCGAGGCGGAACUGUCCGGGUCUUCUCAGAAGCGGAUGAACUAAGCGCCCCCAUGCCUCGCCAGACAGCCAAUCUGCCCGUGUCCAUACUGAGACUUGUUCAGGGCUGCAAGUCACCAAAUGCACUCGAAGCUACGAAGUCCAUGUAUGGUUUCACGAUCAACGGAUCGGUCUACCGGCUCACGACUCUCAACUCUAAGGAGUGGUCUCUUCUUUCGACUCUCGUCAUAUUAUGCAUGGGGGACGGCACCAUCUUCCCAUCUGUAUCUCGCAGGCACCGCAUUGCUAGUGCACUCGUCAAUCUCGAAAACAAUAAGCACGUCGAUGGGAGUAUCCUUGUUCGCCUUCUUUCUCGUGGUUCAACGUUUCUGAAAACUAUGAUUGAUGCAUGCAUCGACGGAGAAUUCAAAUACGUGGACUGUACGGUAGCAAACGCCUUUAAGGAUGCGGCUCUCGAAUUCUUCGGGUUUCCGGAUGACUAUGUCCAGGCUAUCUAUGUCUGGCUUUGGAAUGUUCUUCGUGUUGAGAUUUGA